AUAUUCACUAUUAUCUAGGUCUGUUCAAUCAGAGGGAAGAAAGAUGCAAAUACAUUAACGAAAUGUUUUUGUAUAAACUAGUGACAUGGUUCCCAGAGAAGAAAAUGUUCAAAGGUUUCAAGUCCAACAUAGAGAAGGUCGAAGAGAGUUUAUUAAAGCAUAGAGUUAACGUCUACAAAGAGAUGUACGCUGGAAGAGAGAUUCCUGUAAACAACAAUACGGAUGAAAACAUGGAUGUAGAAGAAGAAGAAGAAGAGGAGGAAGAAGACCCCAUUGCUCUGCAGAGAGAGCGUGUUGAGAUGGUUCGAAUAUCUGGGUCUGGGUUAAGUACGGAUGAGGCUCCAGUGAUAACACGUUUUUUUAAUGACCAGGAAUAUAUGUGUAUGAUAAACCAGUUCCCUGAGAACUGUCCUAUAGUGUUUGAUCUACUUUACGGAGAUAUUUCAACCUAUUCUAUAGACUCCAAGAUCAAGUUCCUCUACACAAUUCUCUACCAGAUGCAGGAGAACAGCAGUGAGAGGUUGGAUCAGAUGAUCAGGAACCUGGAGGAGAAAAUGCAGAUGAAGGAAGAGCUUGAAGCUGUCAACAGAGCAGAGUGUAUUUCCGGGAUGAAGGUGGUCGGUAUCACCAUCACGGGAGCAUCCAUUAACAAUGCAAUGCUGAAGAUAUUAAAACCCGAGAUAGUUCUAGUGGAGGAAGCAGCGGAGAUAUUAGAACCUCAGCUCCUGGUUGCGCUCAGCUACCAAACCAAACAUCUGAUCAUGAUCGGAGAUCAUGAACAGCUCCCACCUCAGGUAAACACUUACGAGCUGAAGAUGAUGAACUUUGAUGUGUCGAUGAUGCAAAGGCUGGUGGACAAUAAGCUCCCCUUCGUCCAGUUACAGAUGCAGAACAGGAUGAGGCCAGAUAUAGCGGAGCUCUUACUGGACAUUUAUCCAACUUUAAAGAGUAAUAUUUCACGAGUUGGUUCAAUAGAACUCCCUAAAAUUCUAAAAUACUCAACUAUAUUCUGGGCACAUAAUAGCCUUGAGGAUGGUGAGAUUGAUAAGAACAUUGAUCAGAUGAAGAAUAUUGGUCGAAGUAAGACGAAUAAAGUUGAAGCGUCAAUGGCUGUAGGACUUGCUAGUGUAUUGAUCACCUACGGACAUAGGCCAAGUGAUAUCACAAUUCUAACCAUGUAUAAAGGACAAGUAAACGAGUUACGUAGUGUCAUGAAGAAUAAUAAGAAACUGACUAGAGAUGAAGAAAAGUUACGUAGUGUCAUGAAGAAUAAUAAGAAACUGACUAGAGAUGAAGAAACCGUGAAUAUCUCAACUGUUGAUAAUUUCCAGGGAGAUGAAAACAAGAUUGUGAUUGUAUCUUUAGUCCGGAGUAAUCCAGCAGGUGAAGUGGGAUUUUUAAAUAAACUAAAUCGUCGUUGUGUGGCUCAAUCUAGAGCAAAAUCCUGCGUUGUAUUCAUCGGAAACCCUGAAACUGUGAGAAGAGCGAGAUGUUGGGAUAUACUUCUCAAUAAGGUUCAAUUUAACGGACAUUCUCUUGAAAUAUCCUGCCCUAACCAUUCCACCAGCUCCACACGGAAACUAACUACAGGGAAAGAUGCGGACAGAUACGUGGAUAAUCCGUCCCUGCUCUGCUCCAUCCCUUGUGGAUUAUUAUUCUCCUGUGGACAGCAUACCUGUAAAGCUACCUGUCAACCUGAGCACGAGCAUAACAAGUGCAUCACCGAGGUUUCCUUCAGCUUCUCUAGAUGCGGUCAUGUUGGGACUAAACCUUGUUGGAAUGAUGUAUCUAAAGAGCUCUGUAUGACUGUGAUUGAUUUCAACUUUCCAGACUGUGGACAUCCAGAGAAGAGAGCUUGUCAUAUUGGCUUGGAGGGAGAAAGAGUAAUGAAAUGCAAUAUUAGCUGUAUACAAAGAAUGGACUGUGGCAAGCACAAGUGCAGUAAAACGUGCGGAGAGCAUCACACCCAUGCCAAUUGUCGUGCACAGGUUGAUGUUGAGAUGCCUUGCAAACAUUUGAUGAAGAAAUCAUGCUUCCAAGACAUGCUGGAGCUCACAUGCACUCAGAAGGUUCUCAAGACAUUCCCGGAGUGCAAGCAUUCGAAGAAGCUUGAAUGCUUUAAGAGGAUCGAAGAUUUGAAAUGCAUGGAAGAAGUUAAAGUCACCCGGCAAGGUUGCGGACACAAAACUGUUAAACCUUGCUGUGAGGAUCUCUCCUCAACUCCUUGUGAAAAGGAGUGCAAGAAGCGUCUCUCUUGCAAGCAUGCUUGUUUAAGGAAAUGCGGAGAAGACUGUUCAGACUGUAAAACCUGCGUCGAAAACCAGAGAAAAGAAAUUGAGAGAAAAAUCGAUGAGAUAGAGAAUGAAAUGCGCCGAAGAAAGGACAGCGAAAGGGCAUUCAGUUUGGAGGUCAAGGAUCAAUCUGAGUUUGAUACUGUUAAAGGACAAGUGAUAAACUACAUUGUACCAGACCAUCAUUGGUUUCCCAUUAUAACUAAGAUCGAGCGGGUAACAAACCCCAAACUUGAACUAGCGUUCUUUAAGGCUAAACUAGAACUACAUGAUCCACACCGACCUGAAGAUCGUAAGUUUCACGGUACCGGAGAUGAUGGAGUGGAGAACAUUUGUUUUGGAGACGGUUUCAGGCUUCCAGAAGCAAGCAGCAACAAUAUGUUUGGUCAAGGUGUUUAUUUCUCCAGUAUUUCUUCCAAAUCUGCACGGGAACGUUACUUCUUCUGUGCAAGGUUCUUCUUGGAAAAUCCUUGAAAGCUACCCGAGCCAUGAAUGAGCUGACGCCAGCUAAGAUGAAGAAGGAUGGAUAUGACUCCCUUUAUGCCCCAGCAGGUGAACUUGUUAAGAAUGACGAGUUUGUUGUUUACAAUCCUCACCAAGCAAUCCCAGCUUAUAUAAUACACUUUGUGAAAGGGAAUAUCUCCAAUAUACAAACUAAGCUGCCUAUGCCAGGGUUUAAGAAGACCACUAAGUAUCCUAAGAGAACCAUGGAUAUGAACAAUCCUUACGAUAUCCACUACUCCCUGGCAGAGGGUAUAUUCUACCGAUUACAGACCGGAAAGCAGAUGAAGGUUGAUAAGAUUGAUAUCAUAGAGAAUCCUGUUCUAGAGGCCAAGUUCAGUGCUAAGCAAGCAGAGUUUAAGAGUAAAGGAAUUCCAUCUGAUCCUAGUUUUGGAUUUCACGGCACUGCUGAAGCAAAUAUUAAUCCCAUACUGAAGAACAACUUUAACCUAAGUAAAAUUCAGCGUGCUGUCUAUGGUUUCGGAAUUUACUUCUCUGAACAGCCUGAAGUUAGUAAAGACUAUAACCAGGGUAACAAUUCAUUUAUCCUUUGCAAACUUCUUACUGGGAAGUCUGGAACUAAUUGCAAGGAGGUAAAGUUAGGAGCAGAUGCCCAAUGUUGGGCAAUAGUGAUCGGCCAAACUAAAGGAGUGAACGAUCCUUCUAGCAUGGAUCAGAUCCUACCAUCCUAUGUGAUCCACUACCAGUAGAGUGGAGUAUACGAUCCUUCCAGCAUGGAUCAUAUCCUACCAUCCUACGUGAUCCACUACCAGUAUAGUGGAGUAUACAAUCCCUCUAGCAUGGAUCAGAUUCUACCAUCCUACGUGAUCCACCACCAGUAGAGUGGAGGAUACGAUCCCUCUAGCAUGGAUCAGAUCCUACCAUCCUACGUGAUCCACUACCAGUAGAGUGGAGUAUACGAUCCCUCUAGAAUGGAUCAGAUCCUACCAUCCUACGUGAUCCACUACCAGUAGAGUGGAGUAUACAAUCCCUCUAGCAUUGAUCAGAUCCUACCAUCCUACCAAUAAAGAUUUUAACUUAAAAACCUUGAAAAUUUUUCAAAAAAAUGUAUUUUUUCUGUAUCGUAAUCAAGCUAUAUGCGCAAUCAAGCUAUAUGCGUAAUCAAGCUAUAUGCGCAAUCAAGCUAUAUGCGCAAUCAAGCUAUAUGCGCAAUCAAGCUAUAUGCGCAAUCAAGCUAUAUGCGCAUUAGUUCUGGACUUUUUAUUAAAAUCGUAACUCAAGUUAUCAUUUAACAAUAACAUAUAUUGUCCAGCAAAGUUACCUUCAGGGGAAAGUAAUAUUUUUUUUACUUUUACACAUUUAUGAUUUAAGUAAAUAUAUAUGUUAAUAAAACUAUGUAUGCAAAACCUCAGAAAAAUAACAAUGUCCAUAUUUGCAUGA